ACAUUUUUUGCCACCAAAUCUUAAACUUUAGAGGCAUAAAACUGCAUUCCACAUUCCAUUCAUUCAUCAUGCAUUCCAUCAAACUGCAUACAGUACAUGUAACGAGGCAUCACUCGAAGUGGGAUCCAUAAGCAGGCUUUAUUAGAAUCGUGGUCAAACAGGCAAUGGUCAAACACCAGCAAACACAGUGACAGAGGGCAAACUCAAUUGCCAUCAGUAAACAGGCUUAAAGUCUGGGCAGGCAGCAGAGAGUCAAACACGAGGAACAGAUAAGGUCACAACAGGCAGGCUACACAAAGGAACCCGCUCAGAAAUGCAAACCGCAGUAAUACAAGACUUCGCAAUGAAAUGGUAGAAACAGACUGCUUAUUAAACAGGCUAGCUAAUGGGCUACAGCUGGUCUGGGUGAUCAGUCCUAGAUACGGGGCUGAUGGGAAAUGUAGUGUGAGAGUGUAAGAGUCAGUAUUCAGGUGAGGGAGCCCUCUGAUGGCCAGAAGAGGGAACCACGGAGUUCGACACUGUGACAGUACAUCACAGUCAAUCGUUGAUAUGCAUCAUGUUUGUCAUCAACUGCAUCAGUGUAAGGUUGUGUUAUUGUAUCACGUUAUUUCCCCCCAUUUAAUAGCACCAAAUAACACCCUAGAAAUAAUGCUUAAAACUAAAGCUGACAAUUAAAGCAGAUCUCUUCAUCUGAAAACAUAACAGUCAUUUAUUACUGUUUGGUUUCAGUGUGUUUGUGUCCAUGUGUGCAAAUAUGUGUAGCUGAAGUUCAGAGAAGCUCCUCCUUAUCAGCAAACAUGAGCAGACUCUACCCCUCCUUUCCUCUUCACUUGCACUCUAUUCCUCCUUUCCUGUCGGAGAGUAUUAUCCUGCAGCUGCUCUGGAGUCUUGGAAAGAGCCACUUGAAAUCUUUUGGAAAAGCUUUUAAAUAUAAAGUCACCAUUUCUGAGCUGCGGAGAACUGGAGCAGCAACGGUCAACCAAUGCAGAGAGGAGGAGAGAGAUUCAGGACAGAAACUACAGAGGGGCAGAAGAUUCUCAGAUUGGCGGUCAGAAAAGAAAGAGGUGAACUGGCUAUUUUUGGAUAAUGAUGAAAAGGAAGAAGAACUUAGUGGAGGACAGCUCCACGCUUAUCGCCCUCUCGGACCAUCCUGAACAAACCUACGGAAGCUUGGAGAUGAGUGCGGCACCUCAGGAAAACAGGAAUGUGUUCAGUGAUGGGGUCACCCGGAUCGAUUUUGUCUUGGUGUGGGAGGAAUCCGUGAACCCCCUGAAGCUUGCAGAAUCAGAUGAAGUAUCGUCUGGUUCGUCACGUGACACUCACAGGAAGUGGAGGACAGAGUUUCUUUCCAGACUCCAGACUGCCGGCCUUCAUCAGGAGACGAAAGAGGUUGUGCAGGGAAAAACAAAGACAACUUACGUCCUUCUGAGUGCGCCCUGGAAUGUUCUGUGUUAUUAUGCUGAGGAGAUCAGCCUUCGAGUGCCAUUACAGGUUGUGACAACUCCAAUAUCAAACUGGUCUGAGAAGAUCCUAGAAAAACUGCACAUCCCAAACAUAAUGGCACAAGAUGUGCCUAACCUUCCGCCGGACUACUACACCUGCCAGUUCCACACCAAUAAACUAGAGAGGUUUCUUGGUCAUGAAAACAAGGAUACGUUCUUCAAGACCACACAGAGGCAUCAGAUACUGUAUGAGAUAUUAGCCAGGACUCCAUAUGGGUCGUUGAAGAGAGGGGAGGUUGGCAUUGGCAGGCUGGUUAGUGAGCAUGUUCUCACUGCUGCUUUUCCCUUACAUGAGGGUCAAUUUGAGAUGCCGAAGACUUCAGAAGAUCCAAAGUCUCUCAACAUGAGACAGAUCCUGCAUCACUACUGGGCUCGCUGGGCUUGCUGGAGGAAGUACCAGCCUCUGGAUCACAUUCGUGAAUACUUUGGCGAGAAGAUAGCACUCUACUUUGCAUGGUUGGGUUUCUACACAGGCUGGUUAUUACCAGCAGCAGUAGUGGGUUUUAUUAUUUUUCUGUUUGGUAUCUGGCUGAUGGUGACUGAUGUGGCAGCAGAAGAGCUGUGCUCCAGUGGAAACGCCUUCGUCAUGUGUCCACUAUGCAACAUCUGCAGCUACUGGAACCUCUCCAGCAUCUGCUAUACUUAUAAGGCAGGCUUGCUAUUUGACAAUGGAGGAACUGUGUUCUUCAGUAUAUUCAUGUCUCUGUGGGCCGUCACCUUCCUGGAGUACUGGAAACGCACAAGCUCCAUACUCUCCCACCGAUGGGACUGCUCCGAAUUUGAAGAAAUAGAGGAGAGGCCAAGACCAGAAUUCACAGCACUGGCACCCAUGACGGUUCGUAAUCCUGUCACUGGGGCUGAAGAACCCUAUUUCCCAGAGACUCAACGACUGAGUCGUACUAUAACUGGUAACAUGGUCAUCAUUCUAAUGAUUGCCAUUGUUUUGAUAUUCCUAAUAGCCAUUAUCCUGUAUCGAACUAUCCUAAGCAUCAUUAUCUACAGAUCGCAGAAUGCCUUCUUCAUAUUUUCCGCUGGAAGGAUAGCUAGUCUUACUGGUUCUAUGCUAAAUUUGCUGGUUAUUCUGUUGUUGUCACGGCUCUACACUUACCUGGCCCAAAUUCUGACACGAUGGGAAAUGCACCGCACCCAGACCAAAUAUGAGAAUGCGUUCAUCCUCAAGGUCUUCAUCUUCCAGUUUGUCAACUUCUACUCUUCUCCUGUUUAUAUUGCAUUUUUCAAGGGCAGGUUUGUUGGAUACCCUGGAAACUAUAACACACUCCUAGGAAUCCGAAAUGAGGAUUGUGGUGCCUCUGGGUGCCUCAUUGAACUAGCUCAAGAGCUGUUAGUCAUCAUGGUAGGCAAACAGGUCAUCAGCAACAUCCAGGAAUUUGUCUUGCCUAAAUUAAAGACAUGGUGGCACAGGAGGAAGCUGAAGCCAGCUCCCAGUCAGGAGCUGAUUGAUGAACCAGACGGGCAGCCAGAUCUCAGCCCAUGGGAAGCAAACUAUCAGCUGCUGGUGUGUGAGGGGCUGUUUGAUGAGUAUUUGGAAAUGGUUCUGCAGUUUGGCUUCAUCACCAUCUUUGUAGCAGCCUGUCCCUUGGCUCCAUUUUUUGCUUUGAUAAAUAAUUGGGUGGAGGUGCGUCUCGAUGCCCAGAAGUUUGUGUGUGAGUACCGCAGGCCUGUUGUGGAAAGAGCACAAGACAUUGGGAUCUGGCUGACCAUCCUGAAGUUCAUUUCCUACCUGGCUGUCAUCAGUAAUGCUUUCCUGAUUUCCUUCACGUCUGAUUUCCUGCCACGGCUCUAUUAUCGCUACACUACAGGCAGCAUGAGAGGAUACAUCAACUUCACCCUCUCAGUGGCCCCUGCAAACUUCACCCAAAGUUACAUGACAUGCAGAUAUCGAGGCCUCAGGGAUGAUAAAGGACAGCCUACACAAGAUUACUAUCAUCUGCUGGCCAUUCGACUGAGUUUCGUUAUUAUAUUUGAGCAUGUUGUUCUCCUGAUUGGUCGUAUUAUUGACUGGAUGGUGCCAGAUAUUCCAGAGGAGGUGGAAAUUAAGAUUAAACGAGAGCAUUACAUGGCCAAAGAGGCACUGGCUGAAAAUCAGUCAUUGAAUAGAACCAUUCUUGAAGAAAUGGAGCAGCAAAUCUCUGAGCUGCGAUUCAGAGGAAGAACACAGAGUCCUAACAACAUCUCGUCUCUCUCCAGUCUGUCUCCUGAACAUAAAAACAAACCUACAGUCUGAUAUUUGACUCUUUUUAUGAACCAUUCUACAAUGUAUAGAUGUUUUUGUAAAGUGUUGCCUAUUGAUUAUUAAUAACAUAACUUUUGUCCUUUCAUGAUGAACUCUAAACUGGUUUAAAGACCUACCCUGCAUCCUAAUUUCAAUGCUGUCUCAAAUUACACAGGAAUCAAUCAUUGUGAAUCACUCAAAGGUCAAAGGAUCGUGCAUGAUUAAAGAAGGCUGAAUUAAUGUCA